AAUUCCCCGGUAAUUACCCGGGUAAAUCACAACACUGCUGGGUCAAGUUCAGAGACGUGACAGCCAAUCAACAUGAGCAACACGGACACUGUUAGAGAUGCCGCCGAGGCCCCCGAACGCUUGAGGAGAGCGGAGACUGUGCUCCAGCACCGCACGAGCCGCAUCGUACUGGUGCUGGAGCAGUGUAUGGACUCGCAUAACCACCAGGCUGUACUGCGGACCGCCGAGGCGCUGGGCAUCCAGCAUGUGUGGCUCGUUGCCGCCAACGACCAGCAGCUCAAGACACACCCUGACAAGAGCAAGAAGACCAACAAGUCAAGCGGCAAGAAGAUCACCAAGAACUGCGCCGUGUGGCUCACAGUGCGCGAAUUCUCGAGCAUUGCAGCCUGUCUGGAGGUGCUGAGUGAGCACGAAAUGACCAUUUGGGCCACAGAUCUGUCGCCGCAAGCCGAGCCGCUCGUGGCUAGUAACAAGCCCAGUGAACUGCCUGCACGACUGGCCGUCGUUAUCGGACGAGAGACUGAUGGAGUAAGCCCCGAGAUGCUGCGAGCGGCGCAUCGUCGAGUGUAUUUGCCGCUCUUCGGCUUCAGUGAGAGUCUCAACUUGUCGGUGGCCACAGCGUUGGUGCUGCAGCGACUGCUGGACUGGUUCCCAGAGGUACGCGGCGAUCUCGACGAACAGGAGAAGCAGAGAAUUCGCGAGAAAUGGCAUCCUCAACUAGUGAGUAACCCGACGCAAGCAGCUCAGGCUGAGCCGUGGACUUCGGGUCGAAUUCCUAUCCGUCCACUUGGCGACUUGCGCCGCGAAAAGCAAGAGGCGUGGGUUCCUAAGAGUGUGCGGCAACGUGAGCAAAAUAUGCCAGAGGUGAGAGAGCGUUUGGGCAAGAGGAAGCAACCAUCGGACGAUAGCCAGACUGACAAGAAGGGAUAGUCUCUGCGAGUUACUGGUACAUCUGAAUGAUAGACUUUAUUCGUGCAGCUACUACAGGACUCAAGCGGAGACCACCAUCCGCAGCAACUGCUGGGUUUUCUCCUCGUUCUUGGCAAUGACAGCUUUGAGCGUAUUGAUCUUGUGCAGUUGUUCCUUGACCUGCUCCUCCACUUCUCGGAGCUGCACCUGCAGAGGCUGCAGAGCUUCUUCGGUUCGCUUCUGCUCGUCUGCCAGGGCAUCGCGUUUACGCGCGUAUUCCUUACGCCAGAACUCGAGCUCCUUGGACAUGGCAUCCAAGUCUUCGUGCACAAACUCAACGCUUUUUCCUACUGGGUUAGCGGCUUGGCACAGACGCUGGAUGUCUGCACGGAGCGCGUUC